AUGUCUCCCGGUCCCCGCAAAUGUGGGUGCGUGGUGAAGCGUGUUGCAGUGGUUGGGUGGGCCGAGGUGUCUCCCAACGAUGAGUGUGUCCCAGCUUCUGUUUCUCGCUUGACAGUGUUUGAAUAUCUACGCUUGGUCAAUACGCCAUCAUCAUGUCACCCAACCCAGAGUCAUUGGCCUGAGUUUGUGGGGCCUCUCUCGACUGCAGCACAAGAUGCAUCUGAAAUCUCUAGGAUGUUGGAGGCCGAAAGGAACCACGGACGCUCUCAACCUACCUAUACGGGCCCAGAUGGGCAAGCUAUUCUGACCAUCAAAGCCAAUGUCUGGGAAGAAAUGCGGUUCGUAACGACUAUGGUCUUCAAGACCAUAUCGACGGAGCCUAUCGUCCUUCUGCUUGGGAUCUACAACGGCUUCGCUUACGCUAUUCUGUUCCUGUACCUCGAUGGCGUUUUCCGUGUCUUUGUUGUCAACAACGGCCUCUCGAUAAUCUCAGCCAAUCUCACAUACCCAACUUUCGCAGCCGGAGUCUCCAUGAUGUUCGCCUUCGUCCCCGUGCAGAACUGGCUCUACGCCCGCGACCGCACAAGACAUGGGCACAACCACCCCGGGGCCCGCUGCUCUGGCUUUGCCUCCGCCAUAGCACCGUUGCUCAUCCGCUCCUCCCCCAUGGCCGCCGGGCUCUCCCAUCUCGGCGUCCCCAUAUUCGAGAACAUGUCGACGAAAUGGGCCGCGGCGACCGGAUUCAUUUUCCUUUCAUCUCCCGCGCAUUCAUCUACUUCGUGUACUUCUGUGGAGCGAGGAUCCAGUCGAGCAGCAAGCGUGCGAGAACAUUCGAGCUCUCUUAGGAGAACGGGUCCGUGUACCAAGACUUCCGUCGCCAUGGAGCGAACCAUCCUAGCGCGGUGCAUGACAUUAAUUCUCCCACAGCGUCCUCUUCUUCCUCGACCAGACGAGCGAGCCUCCAAAAGUGUAGCCCUUGAAAGCUCAGGGUAUCUUCAAAGCCCUCCCAAGAAUAGUGAUUCUCGUAAUGGGGAAAAGCUCAGAGCAAAAAGCAUAAAAAACUCCUAG